AUGCCAAAAAGAAAACGGGGAAACGGCCCCCUCACAGUCACUUCGCGGGUCACCCUCUUGCCAGAAAUACUGGGAAUGAUCUUUUCUUACCUUACCGACGACAAAUAUAUCGGCUUGGGAGGCGAUGGCACCCGAAAUGGCCUCAUAAAGACGGCCAUUGUGCCCGCCAUAUACCAAUGUCUCUUCGUGAACUCCACCUGGUUCCAUGAAGCCGUGCGCAUCCUCUGGCAAACCCCCACGACUGAAAACAUAUUCCCGCUCGCUCGCUGCUUCCAGAAUAUCCCUCAAUCUCGUCAACAGUUCUAUGCCAACCUCGUGAGGAAGUCUAACCUGGUCGGCCAUUAUAAACGUGGGGUUUUUCCGUUCGGCAAUGCGAGGACAUACAUCGAUGCGCUCUAUGGCUUGAGUUUCCCGAAGAUUCACACUCUAGACGGGAUCUUCGCGGCUAACAAGUAUGGAGAAAACAUUCCCUGGAUCCAUGCUCCGGCAGUCACGUUGUUGUCUGUAUACUUUCACUAUUAUUACCUGGCGCCAAUUCCCGCAGAGGGCACGCCGCCUUACUAUCUCAGCCGAAAAUCGGAGCAUAAAAUCGUUCAGUCUUUGGUCUGCCUCAUUACGAAUCGUUUUCCGGCAGUGAAAUGGGUUGUCCUGCAAUGUCAGAGUGCGCCCUCGCAAAUGAUCGAGUGGCUCGCUUUGAAGUUGCCCACAGUACAUGUUACAUCAGGGAUUGGUGCCAAAGAGGCAAUGCUGCAACAACGGAUUUCCCUAGGUCAGAACUGA